AUGAGAUUUCCGGAGCUGGUGCAUGGUGCUGGGACUGCGGCGUGGCAUUGCCUGCGCUCGGUCCAGGCCGCCCGAAAGACUUAUGCCGUACUUCAGAGAUCAACAUGUGCAUCCCGGAUGUGGCCUCCACCAGUCGUGGCGGAUCCUUCGCCGAAGAAGAUGGGCACGCCUCCGCCACCCUCGCCCAUGCCCAGUGCAGCUUGCAUGCUGCGAGUGCAAGGAGGUGCACGGGCUGCUGGGAGUGAUUUCCGGCCAGAUGUAGGAUUAGAAGCAGCAGUUGAAGUCAACUGUGUGGAGGUUUCUCCUCUAGAGGAGACGCUGAGGCAAGCACAGGUGCCGUUCAUUUUGAUGAUCCGAAACCUCCUUCCAUUGCUCCCAUCGCAAGCAUCAUUGCAGGGCCGUCGGGUACUUCUAAACCUCGUCCUUGUCGGACAUAGCCACGGAGGUGUGAUUGCUCAUAGCAUGGCGCAGUGCCUUGAGUCUGCCGGCUUUCUCGUGAAGGGUAUUUUGGCUGCGGACACUCUCGCGCUGCCUCGCAAGACAGAGAUGCCCUUGCCUCGCUUCGACCCGCAGGCACUCGCUCGGCACCGGUCUCCGUACCACUGGCAUCUGUCGUCACCGAAGGUUAACGUGAUGGCCCCGGAAGUGCCGCCCCUUCGAAGGAUACUUCCAAGCAGAGCCGAGUUGCUGGUUGGUGGAGCUGUCUUCCCACCCAAGCACUUGAAGGACGUCGACCAUACCCGUAUUCUGCAGCAAAGCCCCUGGGAUGUGGCAGCCGUGGUAUCCAGGACCUUCAGGAGGCGUUCCGGCCAGCCGAAUGAUCGACGUCAUGUGGCCAUGGCUUUCCCGAUCUGA